AUGGGUGACGCUAUCAACACCUCCCAAACAGAAGCCAAAAUUCCUCCAACUGAAACUAUGGAUCAUACUGAUCCUUACCUCUUUCAGACCCAAUCUACUCCACCACCCGCAGCAGAAGCUUUCUAUUCAUCAUCAAGCUAUUAUCCUAAGCCUCUCUUCUCCCUAGAACUAACAAAAUUCUCCACUGAGGAGUAUGCUCAACUCAAGUCUUUGCUUUGUGAUGGUAAACCUCGUGCUAAUUUCAUAAGUAAAAUACCUUCUUUUUGUGCCUUCACGGGCUCAUCAUCCACAAAUCCUUGGAUACCUGACAGUGAAGCCACUAAUCACAUUGCGCCUCCUUCCGGGCUAUCUGUUACUACCCCACUCAACUCCACUGUUGAUCUUCCUGAUGGGUCUCAUGCGAAAAUCAGUGGCCUUGGUUCCCCAUCUCUAGGUCCAAACUUAUCUGUUGAUGGAGUUCUUUGUGUGCCUUACUUUCAUGUUAAUUUACCUUCUGACUUGACUUCAAAGUGGAUGAUUGGCCUUGGGAAACAAGUUAAUGGCUUAUACUACUUGCUCACGAAAGAGAAUGUUACCACUCCACCAUCCACAUCCAACACCACCACAUGCCACCUCAAUCACAAAUUCGUUGCUCUCUGGCAUCAACGCUUAGGUAAUCCCUCCAAAGAACCAUCCAAAUUUUAG